GUGAAAGAGAGUCCUAUACCUUCGGAAGAAGCGUGUCUCCGUGGACAUCUGGAUUUUGGACUUUUAGAUUCUAGAUCUGUUGGAUUAUGCAUUUCUGUUUUUUGUGGGGUUUUUUUAAGCCACUUAGUUUGUGGUGAAUUUUUACAGCAGUUCUAGGAACCUAAUACAUGGACAAAGCCAGAGACUGGGCAAUUGCUAUUACAUCUUGCUGUACCUGGACCAAUACUUGAGUCCAAGUGGAAAGGUCAAGGAGUUAGCGAUGAUAUUUAUGGUGAGAAGGAAGAUGAAGAAGUGGAAGUUUGGCCUGUGAUCUUUUUCCUGGAGACACGAUCUGCACAGCUUGUCAACACAGACCCCAGCCUUCAACCAUGAGAGGUAUCCAAAAGGUCACUUGUGCCUCGCUGCUCAUGACUUCAAGAGUCCACACCAAUGUGGAAAGGAAGGCCCAUAAGGUAAUGCCCAGGAGAUCAUGUAACUGCAUCCAGUGACAUACAGUGAUUACUUCAGAACCAUGGUUCUCUGGGCAUCCUUCUUGGUCAUGGAUCCAGGCUCCCAGUGCAGGCACGCUCCAGAACAUAGCCAUCGCCUGGAUGCAGAGAAAUAAAUGAUGGAGAAAAUCUCCCUGUCCACCAACAUAAUGAACAUCUAAUGACCUAAAGGAGUAAUGAAGGAGAGAAGAUCAAUGAUAGAGUUUGGUGGGUCUUUUAAUGAAAGCUUCAGACAUGGACAAGGAUGUUUGGUAUAGACCCUUUGACUGAUGCAGAUACUUUACAGUGCAACCUCCACCUCAAUCAAAGCCAUCAGAUGAUGCAGCAUGUCCAAGGGACUAUCAGGCGUAGGUCCCCGGCGCCGCUCUGUUGUUUUCAGCACUCGGGAAAGCCUGCGCCUCCAUUCGGGCAAGGGAACGGAGCUAGAGAGUUUGCCGUUCAGCACCUCGGACAGAGCACGCAGCAAAAAAAUGGCUCCGAUCGCUACCAGCAGGGAAGAAUUUGAUGAAAUCCCCACAGUGGUGGGUAUCUUCAGCGCAUUUGGCCUGGUCUUCACAGUCUCUUUGUUUGCAUGGAUCUGCUGUCAGAGAAAAUCAUCCAAGUCUAACAAGACUCCUCCAUAUAAGUUUGUGCAUGUGCUAAAGGGGGUUGAUAUUUACCCUGAAAACCUAAGUAGCAAAAAGAAGUUUGGAGCUGACGACAAAAACGAAGUAAAGAAUAAACUAGCUGUGCCAAAGAAUGCAUUGCAUCUUGACCUGGAGAAGAGAGAUCUCAAUGGCAACUUUCCCAAAACAAACCUCAAAGGUGGCAGCCCUCCUGAUUUGGAGAAUGUGACCCCAAAGCUCCUUUCAGAAGGGGAAAAAGAGGGGGUUUCCCCUGAUAGCUUAAAGUCCAGCACUUCACUUAGCUCAGAAGAGAAACAAGAGAAGCUGGGAACCCUCUUCUUCUCCUUAGAGUACAACUUUGAGAAGAAAACAUUUGUGGUCAAUAUCAAGGAAGCACGUGGCUUGCCAGCCAUGGACGAGCAAUCGAUGACCUCUGACCCAUACAUCAAAAUGACCAUCCUUCCAGAGAAGAAGCAUAAAGUGAAAACCAGAGUUCUGAGGAAGACCUUAGACCCAGCUUUUGAUGAGACCUUCACCUUCUAUGGGAUCCCCUACACCCAGAUCCAGGAGUUGGCCUUGCACUUCACAAUUCUGAGUUUUGACAGGUUUUCAAGAGAUGAUAUCAUUGGAGAGGUCCUUAUUCCUCUGGCAGGAAUUGAAUUGUCUGAUGGAAAAAUAUUAAUGAACAGAGAGAUUAUCAAGAGAAAUGUUAGGAAGUCUUCAGGACGGGGUGAGUUGCUGAUCUCACUCUGCUAUCAGUCCACUACCAACACUCUCACUGUGGUUGUUCUAAAAGCUCGACACUUGCCUAAAUCUGAUGUGUCUGGACUUUCAGACCCCUACGUCAAAGUAAACCUGUACCAUGCCAAAAAGAGAAUCUCCAAAAAGAAGACUCAUGUGAAGAAAUGCACCCCCAAUGCUGUGUUCAACGAACUGUUUGUCUUUGAUAUUCCUUGUGAGGGUCUUGAAGAGAUCAGUGUUGAGUUUCUGGUUUUGGAUUCCGAAAGGGGGUCCCGCAAUGAGGUGAUCGGGCGGCUGGUCCUGGAAGCGGCCGCGGAAGGAACCGGUGGAGAGCACUGGAAGGAGAUCUGUGACUAUCCAAGGAGACAGAUCGCCAAGUGGCACAUGCUCUGUGAUGGUUAGCAUCCUGGCCAUGCAUUGGGACUUAAUGAUUUUUACUAGGCAAGGGAUGAUUUUCUUUCUUUCUGAUAUAUAAUUGCAAGCUUGUGACAGCAAGCUUCCUUUUGUUGUUAUUGUUGUUGUUGUUGUUAUUGUUGUUGUUAGAAACGAAUUGAAUUAGCAGACCAGGAAGUAACUGUAAAUUAUCAUGAUAAAUUUCCUCUUACCUAGAGACAUUGGAUAAAUUUUCAUAAGCCUAUUUAGUCCCUCCUGCAGGUUACCAGGGAUGUAAAUAAGAGCAGUCAAGCAUUUUACGAAUAAAGCAGUAGAGUUCCAGGUUAUGGUGGGCUCCCAGAGGUCAUGAUCUCAUUGGAGCAUGUCACUGGGAAUCAUGGGAUUCUUAAGAUUUAGAAAUGAAAAGUGUGUCUUCACUUAUGAAAAUUCAUACUUUUUUUCAGGUGGGGAAAUAAUUUUUCUUUAGAUCCAAAGAUAUUAAAGAAGUAUUCUCUAGUUCGUUUUUAUUAAUUACGUGAUGUGCAAACGGUGUCCUACAUAUAAAAAUAUAUAGUCAUUGAUCUUUGUUUUGUAAUUAUUUGAUGUGAUUUUAUCCUAAGAGGAGUAACUUAGGUUUGUUUCAAAAGAACAGUGAGCAAACUGAGUAAUCAUUUUAUCAAAGGGCUGAGUUGAGAACACUAUGGCUGAAAUAUGAUUUUUCUCUCCCCCUAAGGUUACAUGUGAGUCAAAUGUUGUAAAAUAUAAUCUCACAUCAGGACCAUCAAGGCCUUGAAUUAUUCACUGCCUGUCACAAGUGUCAGUGUAGUCUAGGAAAGCCCUGUUUACCUUGUGAAGUUGUUGAAUUAAGUAGUGGGUAAAGAAAUGAACUUCAGGUAGAAAUCCAGUUAGAAAUGCAGUUUUCUUAUAGGAACUACGUAGAGUAUGUCAGUGUACAUUCGAGGUGUGCCCUUGAACAGAGAGAGGACAUGGCUAACCAAGUCUUCAUUGAAUUGUUCUGCAAAAAGGACUAACCUACUAUUUAAAAACAAACAAACAAAAAAGACUGAAGUUUUAACCAUUGCCAGACAGAAAGCAUUACUUCAGCUAACAAACUGAUAUGAUUAAAAAGCAGUAUGUAGCAAGCCUAAUUAAUUUGCAUAUGUUCACACAAAAUAUAUUUAGGCUGUCAAAUUAGCACAAUAAAGUAUGUUUCACUAUCUUUUCUAGGCUAAUUUGCCUUGAGCUGUUUUCUGUGGAACAGUUUAUAGAUAGAAUUGUGUCUCACAUUGUUUUCCAAUGCCAGGGCCCUGAAAAUCAUUAAAAAUCAAGAGUACAGCAUGGCCCUGUGACUAUUUGGAAAGAAUGAACUUGAGGUAAUGUCACUAUAUGUGAACUUUUAGAGAAGUAUGGGUGAAACUCGCUCGGGUAAGGUUGAAUUAUUAAAUAUGCAAGUUAGAAAAUAAAGUCUACUGAAAAUUUUACAUUAUGAGUCAGGUUUUGUGUCAGUACUAUAGCAGUUUUUGAGAAUGUGUUUGAUAUCUCAGUGUUUGUAAAUUCUAUGACAAUGCAUUUUCAAAACAACUUCUUCAUACUUUUUAUGACUAUGCCUAAUGUAAAGAAAAUGUUUUACAUGUACAAAAAUGGAAACUGACCUCUUUUUUUGUGCUUUAAGAUGACUUUGGGAUUGAAAAGACCAUUCCCCCAUCAUUGUCUCCAUCCCUCCACAAAGUCACCUAACAACAUCUUGGUCCACUCAACAUUUCCCUGAAAGCAACAUGAAAUGAAUUGUAGUUCGUGUGUGGUUUGGGGAAGUCAAUGGCCUUUUUAUGUAUGUAGAUUUGGACACAUGGGCCAUGGAAUAUAGUAUAUUUUAGAGCUUUGGAAAGUUGUCAGGAGUCAACCCUAAGAUCCUUCACAGCCACCAGAAGUUAGUGGCGGUACCUCAUAAAGUAUGACUGUUGAAGGAGGGUGUUAUUUUUAUUUUAAAGUAAAACAACAAAACCAACAACAAAUACUUUUUAAAAUUGCAAUGAAUAAUUUGUAAAUAGUUUUUAGUUAUUAAAUCUUACAAGUGUUUUUGAAUGUGAAAAGUUGAGUAAAAUAACUUGCAACUGUGUUUAAGUAAAGACAGAGGAAAAACAGAAAAGCAAUUGAAACAGACAGGGACACACAUGAUCCCAUCAUCUUCUGAAAGUUGUCCUGUUUUAUAAUGUAUUACAAUAUUAAUGUGAAUAUCUUGACUUCUGUUACAAAUCCUGUACUGUAUUAAAGAUGUAAAUUAAUUGUUUGUCUGAUUAGCCAAUCUCACCACCCUAACAGGGAGGUGUUCAUGUUUGAAGAACUGUGUAACUCAGUAACUGACUUGUUCUAAUGUUGUAACUCAAUAGAAGUGAUUUGGAAGGAAGCAUGGUGUAUGAGAUGGUGUCUGUUCUUUCGUGCCAGCAAUGUAUGAUGUUUGUAAGACCAUGUUUGUAAGAGAUUAAUAAACUGCUGCUUUUGCCCAA